AUGCAUCCUAGUUGGGAAAUCAAAAUGUGGAAUUAUUCAAAUCUAUUUCCUUUGUAUAAUCAAAAACGAUUUGAUCAAACAAAUUUGUUGAAACAAAAAAGCGACAUAGCACGGUAUGAAAUCAUCUUUCAAUAUGGUGGUGUUUACCUGGAUGUGGACUUUGAACCAUUAAAAACCAUUGAACCAUUGCUACAUGGUAUCAAGGCAUUUGUAGCGUGGGAAAGUAAAGAAUUCGUCUGUAAUGGCGUAUUUGGGGGAAUCCCAGGUCAUGAGUUUAUCAAAGAUUUAGUUCUCGAUUUAGAUAGUAACUGGAUGACAUUUGUUAAUGGAACGGUAAACCAACAGACGGGACCCCACUACAUGACCAAACACCUGAAGAAAACAAAGCUCACAAUGGAAAGUGGUUUUCAAGCAUUUCCCACACACAUCUUUUUUCCCUAUCCUUGGUAUCAAGAUGAUCCAGGGUUUUAUAAUCCAUUAUCGUUUGCCGUGCAUCAUUUUAGUGGAAUGAAUAGAAAAAAAGUGUUAAUCCAUGAUUCUCAAAAAUAA